CAGGACAAGCUGCAGCCCAAAUGUUCAGGAUCUGAGCACUCCAUUCAAGUGAGAAACCUAGUUGAGUCCCUAGGACCUAUGGCUGCCUGCACUCUCCCCUUUUUGGGGAACUCUCUAGGAAGAUGGCUGGGACAGGUGGCAAUGGUCCUUAUUCUCUUGGUAUCUCUUUGGGGUGGUGGAGCUUGGAGUUCACCUCCUGAAGAACCAGCCCAAGCUGAGAUCAGGUUGGUGAAUGGUUCGAGUCGUUGCAGUGGGAGAGUCGAGGUGCUCCAUAAUGGAGAGUGGGGCACUGUUUGUGAUGACAGCUGGGGCAUUGAGGAAGCCAGAGUAGUAUGUCGGCAACUGGGCUGUGCAGCUGCAAUAUCAGCCCACCGUGAAGCAUAUUUUGGAAGAGGAGUUGGUCGCAUCUGGCUAGAUGAACUCAGAUGCACAGGGACAGAAUCAGGCCUCAGUCAAUGCCCAGCAAGGGCUUGGGGAGACAAUGACUGCCAUCACGGAGAAGAUGCUGGCGUUCUUUGCUCAGAGGUGAGACUGGCAGGUGGUUCGUCUCCAUGUACUGGCAGGGUCGAGUUGCUUCAUAACCAAAGAUGGGGAACAGUGUGUGACAAUGGAUGGGACUUAGCUGAUGCCCAUGUUGUGUGCCGGGAAGUGGGCUGUGGAGCUGCUCUAAAAGCAACUCUUGCAGCUAAAUUUGGACAGGGAUCUGGCCCCAUCUGGAUGGAUCAAGUGAAUUGCACAGGGGAUGAAGACAGUCUAAGGAAAUGUCCACCAAAAACAUUGACAGAACACAGCUGUGCCCAUAGCAAGGAUGCUGGUGUGGAGUGUGAAGAACCCCCUGAGCUCAGAUUAAUAAAUGGCCCCAAUCACUGUUCUGGGAGAGUUGAGAUCCUGCACGAUAAACUCUGGGGGACCAUAUGUGAUGACGAUUGGGACCUUGAUGACGCUGCAGUCGUGUGUAGUUAUCUUGGCUGUGGAACUCCUAUAUCAGCCCCACGAGGUUCUCGUUUUGGAGCAGGAACUGGUCCCAUUUGGCUGGAUGGCGUUAACUGUACAGGGUCAGAGACUGCCAUCAGCAAAUGCCAAGCAAAAGACUGGGGAGUACAUGAUUGCACCCAUACAGAAGAUGCCGGUGUUGUAUGCGCAGAGCUUCGCCUAGUGGACGGCACAAGUCGCUGCUCAGGGCGGGUCGAGGUGUAUCACAACAAGCAGUGGGGAACAAUUUGUGGUUCUGAUUGGGAUAUGAAUGAUGCCCACGUCGUGUGCAGGGAACUGGACUGUGGACAACCUGUAACAGUGUCGGGCAGCGCACGGUUUGGCCAAGGAUCUGGUACUAUCUGGCUAGACAGAGUUAACUGCACAGGAAAAGAAGCAGCUCUGAGUGAAUGCCAAAAAAGACCCUGGGGAGAGCAUACCUGUGACCACAGCAGGGAUGCAAGUGUGGAGUGCUCAGACCCCCAUGAGAUCAGACUGGUGAAUGGUACAAGUCGCUGUGUUGGGAGAGUUGAGGUGCUCCACAACCAGCAGUGGGGGACAGUGUGCGAUGAUGGCUGGGAUCUGAACAGUGCCCAAGUCGUGUGCAAGGAACUUGACUGCGGAGUAGCCUUGGGGGCUCCCCGAGGAGCUCAGUUUGGAAGAGGUGAAGGCAACAUCUGGCUGGAUGAUGUCAAAUGUAAAGGGACAGAAGCUGCCCUCAGAGACUGCCGCCUCAAAGCCUGGGGAGAACAUAAUUGCAAUCAUGGAGAAGAUGCUGGUGCUGUGUGCUCAGAACUCAGGCUGGUGAAUGGCUCAAGUCGUUGCUCAGGAAGAGUGGAGAUCUUCCACAAUCAUCAGUGGGGCACUGUGUGUGAUGAUCGCUGGGGCCUUAAGCAGGCUGAGGUCAUCUGCAAAGAGUUGGGCUGUGGCGUUGCUUUGAAAGCUCGUACAAAAGCUGCAUUUGGACGAGGAACAGGGCCCAUCUGGUUGGAUGAUGUGAACUGUCAAGGAACAGAAACAGCCCUCAGUCAGUGCCCAGCAAGCGCUUGGGGGAUCAAUAACUGCAAUCAUGGAGAAGAUGCUGGUGUUGAGUGUGCAGAUCCGGUGGAGCUAAGGCUGGUCAAUGGCAGUCAUCGGUGUUCUGGUAGGGUGGAAGUGUUUCAUCUCAACCAAUAUGGAACUGUGUGCGAUGACAGCUGGGACCUAAACGAAGCCGUCGUUGUAUGUAGGUACCUUGAUUGUGGAUCAGCCAUAGCUGCACCCCGUGGAGCUCAAUUUGGGCGAGGAGUCGAUCCCAUCUGGUUGGAUGAUGUUGAAUGUACAGGAACAGAAGCUUCUCUCACUGCUUGCAAGGCCAAGCCUUUGGGGACCAAUGACUGUAACCACGGAGAAGAUGCUGGUGUUGUAUGUUCAGAUGAUCUCAGACUAGUAAAUGGCACAAAUCGCUGCAGUGGGAGAAUCGAGUUCCGGCCGCCCCACAGUGAACAGUGGGGAACUGUUUGUGACCGUACGUGGGAUUUGCAAGAUGCUGAAGUCAUCUGCAGGCAACUGGGCUGUGGAAAGGCUUCAGCAGCCCCAGGCGGAGCUCAUUUCGGACGUGGAUCAGGAUCCAUCUGGUUGGAUAAUGUGAACUGUAAAGGCACAGAAGAUGCCAUCCAAGAGUGCAGCGCAAAUACCCAGGGGAACAAUAACUGUAAUCAUGACCAAGAUGCGGGAGUUGUUUGUUCAGAGUCAUCCACCAUCAAUGUGAUUAACAUCAGGCUAGAAGAUGGCCCAAACUCCUGUUCUGGGAGAGUUGAAGUCAUGCACCAGCAGCAGUGGGGAACUGUAUGUGAUGAUGGAUGGGGCCUUCCGGAUGCUAGCGUUGUGUGUAAGCAGCUGGGAUGCGGCAUUGCUUUGGAAGCCCUACACGGGGCACACUUUGGACGAGGCCCUGGCCCCGUCUGGCUGGAUGAUGUGAACUGUACAGGCACGGAAACAUCCCUGAGAGACUGCCGGGGACGUUCCGUAGGAGAACAUGACUGUGAUCACUCGGAGGAUGCUAGCGUGGUGUGCUCAGGUCCUAUGCAAGUGCGAUUGGCUAAUGGCCCCCAUUCCUGUGAAGGGCGAGUGGAACUGAAUCAAAAUGGCACUUGGGUCUCUGUUGGUGACUCUGGAUGGGGUCUUAAAGAAGCCAAGGUGAUAUGCCGGCAACUGGGUUGUGGUGAAGCAUUGUCAGCACCGACGGGAAACCAAUACGGCAACAGUGUUGGCCCAGCCUUUCUGAAUGAAGUGCAAUGUACUGGAGAAGAAGCAUCAGUCACCGAAUGCUAUGCCGCUCCCACAGGCCCCCAUAAGUGCAUCUGCAACUCCUACGCUGGAGCAGUGUGCAAGGGACAUGCAGCCUCUUCUACAGCCGCUGCAGUGAUCCUGAGUCUCUUGGCUGCUGCUGUGGUCAUAGGUGCUGCUGCUGUGCUCUACCUGAGGAAAAGGAGAGGAAAAUCAAUUUGGGUUAACCCUUUAGCAGGAAGAGGAGAAGCAUUUAUGGAAAACAUCACUGUUGGAUCGGAUAUGGUCAAUGGCAUUCGAGAGAUGUAUACCAGGGGAAGAGAGCAAAUUGCAUCUGAAGGUGACUCUGAUGGUGAUACCAUCCACCUGGUGAAAAAUACUUCUGACUCAGCCACAGACGACGCCAACUGAGAGACAAAGAGCAGGCAAUGGUUCAGACGCUUGUGAGAGAUAAGUUUCAUUCUGGAAGAUUGGUUCUUCCUUCUGCCAUCCCCUUGCAGAAGGACAUAUCCUUCCCACCAGCUCUUGUGCCAUCACCACAAAUGUUCAGAGACUUGCUGGGAUCCCAAGGAAUAUUCAGAUAUCCCAAUUUCUGGGAGUAAGGGACAUUAGGAAGGGAUAGAAGACAACAAACUAGAAGACCUUAGAAAUAUCAGUGGUGCCAAAGCUUGGGGGGGUGGGGAGGUUGCAGAAAGUUUGUUUCAAAACUUUGCCUUUCUUGUCAUUAACCUUGCUGUAACCAUUAUAGCACAUACUGAUCACAUAGUAAAUAGUAAGACCCAGGAACUGUGCCUCCUGAUGCUAUUCUAACGCAUUUGCAGGAAUUGUUUCAGUACAAUUUUCCUAUUGGGAAAGGGGUCAGAGUCUGACAAGUGUCUCUACAACAUGAAAGUGAGGUGAUACGGUCCUUGCAUGAGGACUGUACCACUUUGUUGAUCAUACGCCUUAAUUGCCAUUUCCUCCCACCAUCCAAGUGCUAACCGGAACCAACCCUGCUUAGCUUCUGUGUUUUUAUGGGGCAGCACAGCCUCAAUUUCCUUGCUUUAAAAUCUAACCCAUAGUAAAUUGGCCAGUUGUUCAAUGAGGGAAAUUGCUCAAUUGCAUGUGCUGUUCCAGAUGAGUUGAAUUUUGGAUUUGCCUGUUUAUUAAACAUUGAUACUAGACUUAAAAGUUUGUCUUGUAGCAUGACCCUAAGCACACCUACUCACAGGUAAACUGCAAUCAACACACAAGUAGGAUUGCAGCCUUAACAGGGAAAAGCAAAAAUGGGACAAUCCCAAUUCCCAAGAACCCAGGAUUGUUUUGAACAUAAUCAUUCUUCCAGCUAUACCAAGAAGAGGAGCAACAAUAUUGUGCUCCUAUAUUGCAGUUAAGGUUGACCACUGUAGACUGUGUUCAGACACUGUUUCAGCAGUGAUCAUCUAACCAGGAACCCAAUUUAGCAGGAUGUGGACAUGAUGCAAUAAGGUUGCCAAGCUGACACCAAACCCCAGUGGAACCCAUUACUAGAAAUAGCCCAGUCAUAGAAGUUUGUCCGAUA